UUUGUGUAUUAGUCAAUUGAUUUUUUACAUUUCGUUGGACUUUACAAAUCUUUUUUUUUUUUGAGUUUUUUGGUGAUUUCAAAAGUAUAAAUAAUGUCGAAAAAGAAGGAGAAACCCAUUUUAGCGGAUAAAAUUGCUGAAUUGUAUACACCACGUCAAUUGUUGGAUCCAGAGGUCGAUUCAGAAGACGAAACAACAGCUCGUGCUUUUGACUAUGAUCUCGAUGAUGACAAUGAACCGAUUUCAGCACUCAGUGAUUUUCGAAAGAAAAAUGUGAAAUUAUUGGCAGAUGUUGAUGCAAAGUAUCGAGGAAAAGUGGCUUCACGGAAAGAUUUCGAUAUGGAUUCGAAUGAAAGUGAUGAAUUUGUCGAAGAAGAAGGAGACGAAUCCGCCGAAGAUGAACAAGUAGAAGAAGAAGAAGAAGAAGAAGAGGAAGACAAAUCAACGGAAAAAUCGAUUGAUGAAUUUUCAAUGAUGCUAACACCAAGACAGCGCAUAAAAAUGGCCCAGCAAACUGUUGGCAGUGAAGAAGAAAAUGAAAUCGAAAGUGCCGAGUCGUCGGAUGAUGAAGCCAAUUUGAAAGCAUUCGCCUCUAAACUAAAAAAGUCAAAAUCAGCCAUUGUCGAAGAAAGCGAGAGUGAUGGUGAAAUUGCCGCAAAUGGAAAUGACGAAUUGGAAAAAUGGGACGAUGAUUACGAAGGUGAAGAAGUUGAAGAAGAACAAAGUGAUGAUGAAUUGGAUGAAGAGAAUGACGAAGACGCUGACGGCGAGGAGGAUGAGUUCAACAGCGAUGAAGAAGAAAGUGAUUUCGAUGGCGGUGAUAUAAUACACCGUGAAACCAAAGAACCAACCGAAAAACCAGAUUUAAGCCGAAUUCUGCCGAAACCACAAGCCGUUGAUAGUCUAAGCAAAGGAUUUUGUGUACAAAAUCAGUUACAAAUUUGGGAAAAACUGCUUGAGGUUCGAAUACAUUCACAUAAAACGCUAAUCAAAGCCAAUAGCCUGCCGGAACCAUCAAAAUUUGAAAAAUUAUCGACAAAUGCCGAAUUUUCCGAAUUAGCUACGGACACAGUAGAUCAAGUGUCACAGCUUGUGUCACAAAUGCGAAAUUUGCAAUCGCUGUUAUUGAAACAAUAUACCGAAACAAAAGAAAUAGCGGCCAAAAGAAAGCCAAUUCAAAUUGAUGACAUAAGUUAUCCGGAAGCGAAACGUACUCGAUUGGCCGACGAAUUGGAGAAAGACUAUUCAAAUUUCAAAGAAUAUCAGUAUUCGGUGAUAUCAAAAUGGCACGAUCGAACGAAAGUUCUCACGCCCGGCAGUAUAAAAACACAAAAACAACAAGGAAACAUUGAUGUGUUACGGAAAAUCGAGGGUGUGCUGGCCAAUCGUGAAGAAUUAAUUAAGAAAUCGCAUCUAUUGAAAGGUGGCUAUGAACUUUUCGAUAAAAGCACUGGAUUCGUUGAGAAAAAACAAUUCGACAGCAGAGCCAACGACGAAGAUGAAAAUAAUGAAGAAAAUGCAAAUAAUCAGGAGGAAUGUACAUACUCUAAUGAAGUGUACGACGAUACCGAUUUUUAUCAUACACAAUUGCGUGAAUUAAUUGAAUACAAAACAUCGUCAUCGAGCAAUGCCAAUGAAAUGGCCAAACAAUUUUCGGAACUACAAAAAUUACGAAAGAAAAUGAAGAAAACCGUUGAUACGCGCGCAUCAAAAGGACGAAAAAUUCGAUAUGUUGUGCAUAAUAAAUUAGUUAGCUUCAUGGCACCAAAUGAUCCCGGCGUUUGGAGUGAAGAACAAAAAAACGAACUAUUCAAAUCAUUGUUCGGUGCACAACAAUAAAUUGCAAAUUUUAAUGUAUUUUUAAUAUUUCACAAGAAUGUUUUGUAAUUUAUUAGAAUUCGAAAUUUUGA